AUGGGAAUAAAAGAGUUACUGACAGCAGAGGACAGGACACAGUUAUCUACAUUCAUUGGUAAGAGCAGCAGUUUUGAAUUGCUGUAUAAAAUAAGUCGUGAUGGUUGUUCGGCGUCAAAGUUUCACCAGUCCUGUGAUAACAAAGGUCCUACGGUAACUGUCCUUUACAAUACUGAGAAUAGCGUGUACGGAGGAUUUCUAGCUGCAGACUGGAAAGAAGGACAUUCUUCGACAAUUAUUUCGGAUAAGAAAGCUUUCCUUUUUACAUUACACUUCAACGGUGUUUCAAAACCACGAAAGUAUUCCGUGAUUAAACCUUCUCAUGCUGCAUUUGUGUCAAAGGAAUUUGGGCCAACCUUCGGUGCAGGGAAUGUCCUGGAUUUUGUGGAAUCUAAAAGUUUUGCAAAGGAUCGAAGGAAACUGUCCGCGUACGGGAAAUGGGAAUUGCAGAAUUACCACUUUGAGGAUACAACCGUUGAUCUACUAACAUUUUAUGGAAGUGUGGAACCAAUUGUAGAAACCUAUGCAGGAACCCCCUUUUAUAAGCUUAAUGGAAAGGCUGAUUUCAGAUAUGCCUAUGAGAGAGGGAAAGAAAGCAUGAAUACAAUAAACAACGGGCACAUGUGCGUGUUUGAUUUGGAAGUGUACAAAGUUAAAGAUGUUACAGUCGGUAAAAGUUUACAUUGUCCAAAUCUAUCCAGUAAAGCAUGGAGAGAUCCUCCAUUCUGGGAUGAACAGCUGGAAGACUCUGGGUUAUCUGAAGUGAAUAUCUUAUUAGUAGGUCAAAUUGGAGCAGGAAAAUCCAGUUUUUUCAAUACAGUGAACUCAAUAUUCCGAGGGGAAGUGACAGCUCGGGCAUGCGCAGGAAACUCACAACAUAGUCUUACUACAGUUUAUCGAAAAUAUCGAAUUCGAAACCCGGAAAGUUGUGGGUAUUUAAACUUCCGCCUCUGUGAUACACGUGGAAUUGAGGACGAUAUGUGCAUCAAACAUCAGGAUAUGGUAUCCUUAUUAGACGGACAACUCCCUGAUCAGCACAAGUUCAAUCCUGCGGCACAUGCUACAGAAAAGGAUCCUGGUUUUAAGGCCAAACCUACAUUUAAAGAUAAAAUACAUUGUGUAGCUUUUGUAUUGGAUUCAAGUUCAAUUGAUGUAAUUCAAGAAUCAGUCUCGCAGAAACUGGCAGAAUUUCAUUCUCUUAUGAUUGAAAGAGGAAUUCCACAAAUAGUCUACUUGACAAAGUUGGAUAAAAUCUGUCCAUUUGUGGAUGAAGACAUUCGCAGAAUAUUCAGCAGUGAGGCGUGCAAACAAGCUGUUGACAAAGCAGCUGAGGUCAUAGGACUUCCACGCUCUCAUGUAUUCCCCGUCAAGAAUUAUGAAAAAGAAACCCAGCGGCAAAUUUCAGUUGAUAUUUUGGCGCUAUCAGCUGUCAGACAGACGCUUGUUUAUGCAGACGACUAUCUCGAGGAUCAGUUCGAACUCUCACAAACUGAAGAGCAACUUCAGCUUCUCAAGCUGUAGGAUUCCUGUAUCACAUUUUAAAAAUAUUCUUCAUAUUUUGAU